CCGACUAGCGUGCUAAUGUUAGCAAAGUUGACGUCAUUUUAUCGCGACGCCGAAUCAGUCGGAUCACCGGACGCGAACGACGGUGAGUUGAUUCCUGCAUCUGGUGAACAUUUUAAAAUAGGAGUGGUCAUGGCAGAUCUCGGACUGAAACAGGGAGAUAAAGUGUUGGUGUUAUGGACCCACCCGUCUUCUCCGACAGCUUUGGUGGCGUUUGCUGAGGGUGUCGGCGCUGUGGUUGGGGGCCAGAACCAGGUGUCCCUUGAGAACAUGGAAAGACUCCAGAUUUCCUCUCACUCGGCUUCAAGUUACGACUGGGUUCUGUCCCAACUGCUUCCUGACACCGCUUCAGUCCACAGCUCUGAGAUUCUGGCAGAGAUGGCCCGGGUCCUGAAACCUGAUGGGAAGCUGAUUCUGGAGGAGCCAGUAUCAGGUUCUGAGGAGGUGACUGGAGUUAGAACAACUGCAAAGCUCAUAUCGGCCCUCAAACUGUCCGGCCUGGUGUCCGUCACGGAGGUGAAGAGUGAAGCCCUGAGCCCUGAGGCGCUUAAUCAGCUCCCAGACGUCCAGGGAAAACCUCUGUCUCGGGUGCGAAUUACAGCGUCCAAACCCAACUUUGAGGUCGGAUCAUCAUCUCAGCUCAAACUGUCCUUCGCCAAGAAAGCAGAAAAGCCAGCGCUCGAUCCAGGUGCUGCCAAACUGUGGACGCUUUCAGCGAAUGACAUGGAUGACGAUGAUGUUGACUUGGUGGACUCGGAUGCACUCCUGGAUGCCGAAGACCUGAAGAAGCCUGAUCCGGCUUCGCUCAGAGCGUCGGCAUGUGGAGAAACGGGAGCUAAGAAGAAAGCCUGCAAGAACUGCACGUGCGGCCUUGCGGAGGAACUGGAGCAGGAGACCAGAGCCGCUCAGAAAACCAGUCAGCCGAAAUCUGCCUGUGGGAAUUGUUAUUUAGGAGAUGCUUUCCGCUGUGCCAGCUGUCCGUAUCUCGGCAUGCCAGCGUUUAAACCAGGAGAGAAGGUCGUCCUGGCGAACACACAGAUCACAGAUACCUAAAACACGCCGAUUCCCCAAAGUGAUGAUUCAGUCCUUCAGUUAUGGUCAUGUGUGGUGGAUUGAAUAAUCACCAGCAGUAUCAGACCUGAGGCUCUCAAAACCAAAUUUAUUCACUCAAGUAUAAAUGCAAUACAUGUGUAAUACCUAAACUAUAUAUAUUACAGCAUAUAAGCCUUAAGAAGUCGAUCCACUGCUAUUUAAACCGGACACUCCCCCCCCCCCCCCCCCCCCCCAGUUGAACUGAUCAAACUCCAGGAUGUCUUGACCAUGUGUGUGUUUGUAUAAUAUAGAAUGGCAUCUGAAACAACAAUAAAUGGAUUUACACAUUC